UCACUAAGGUAAUUAUGUUACUGGAAGAAAUUAUUAACAAAAAAAGCCUUAAAAAAGACCCAAAUUACUGGUGUAUAAAGAAACCUGUAAUAAAUAAACAAUCCUAAGCCUGCCAGGAUCCAAUUAAAGCCUGAUGGCCCGCCAGGCUUAUAAAAACACUGUGGGAAACGGAUUAUUUAAUAAUCCAUCUAUAGUUUAACACUGUUUAUCCAUGUGUGAAAAAGACAGUGUUGGCCAGUCACACUUUAACCAGUUCUUGUUUUUUUCACUUAUUACUUCUACAAUGCUAAUGCUAAUAAAUAUAGCUAAUUGGGCUCAGCAGUUUCUACGUAUCCAGAAAGAUGUUUAUAUUAAAGAAACAGCAAUACUGAUUAAAAUCUGAAUAAUUAUCACAUAAGUUUGGCAAAAACAGAAGAAAUCUUACCUAUUCUCUUUGCAAAGAAAAUAGGUCAAAUAGAUGCAGAAAAGACAGAGCUGGGUAUCCUCUGGCUUAAAGACAUGGAGAGUUGUAGUUGUUAUUUUGGCCAAAAGGUGUUCUGCAACCUUCUUGUAGUUUAUUGCCAGUACUUGUAGUGAUGAUAAUCAGUUUUUUGUCAUCUUCCAGGCUAGAAAAUUAAGGGAAGAAUGGGUGACUGGAGCUUUCUAGGGCGACUGUUGGAAAAUGCUCAAGAACACUCCACUGUGAUUGGAAAGGUUUGGCUUACUGUCCUAUUCAUUUUCCGUAUCUUGGUUCUUGGCGCAGCCGCUGAAGAAGUUUGGGGUGACGAACAGUCUGACUUCACCUGUAACACCCAGCAGCCCGGUUGCGAGAACGUCUGCUAUGACGAGGCCUUCCCCAUCUCCCAUAUCCGUUUUUGGGUGCUGCAGAUCAUCUUUGUCUCUACGCCCACUCUCAUCUACCUUGGCCAUGUGCUGCACAUCGUGCGCAUGGAAGAGAAGAGAAGAGAGAGGGAGGAAGACCUCAGAAAAUCUGGACGACAUCAGGAGGACCACGACCCUUUCUAUAACAAUGGAGUCAGUGAUGGAGGGGGAGGAGGUGGUAGAAAGGAGAAACCGCCAAUCCGGGAUGAGCAUGGGAAGAUUCGUAUCCGUGGAGUUUUAUUGAGGACCUAUAUCUUCAACAUAAUCUUCAAGACUCUGUUUGAGGUGGGCUUCAUCUUGGGGCAGUACUUUCUCUAUGGCUUCCAGCUGAGGCCGCUUUAUAAAUGUGGCCGCUGGCCCUGCCCCAACACUGUGGACUGCUUCAUCUCCAGGCCUACUGAAAAGACCAUCUUCAUCAUUUUCAUGCUAGUGGUAGCAUGUGUCUCCUUGGUCCUCAAUCUACUUGAGAUCUACCACCUGGGGUGGAAGAAAGUUAAGCAUGGGGUGACGAAGGAGUUUGCUCCUGAUAGUCUGUCACUGAUAGGCAUAAAUGAGCCUGGAGACGCAGAGACGAUUCCUGAACAGAUCUCUCCAACGGGGCUCCAGUAUUUACCAGUGUCUUCUAAUGUGUGUGUGGUGAGAGGUGAAGCAACGAGAGGAGGAACUUACAGUCCAACCGGAACCUCCCACACAGUGAUCUCCUUAAACACUAACAUGGCUACAGUACCAAUGUCUGAAGGACUUAAUGUGGGCAGUGCUGCUUGUCACCAAGAGGGCUUCCUGAUGGAGUCGCUGCCUGCUUCUAUCUAUGGUGAGAGUGAAGACAGUCGUGGACACCUUGAGGAAAUGCAGCAGAAUAGGAGAAACAUGGCUUUGGAGCUUCACAAUCUCAAUGAGGAAAAUCCCCCCACAUAUCCCCUUCCAUCUCCAUUCCCCUCUACCUCCUCCACCUCUCAGGAGGAGAUGACAUGUCUGGAAGAGAAGCAACGCUCCACAUUUCCAACUCUUCCUCGAAAUACACCUCUCUCUCUGCUCGCGCCGGAGGAGACAGCAGUGGAUCCAGAAAACACUGUCGCCACAUCACCGAGCAUAGAGCCACAUGAUGAUUUCACUGUGAUAACCAGGGCGGAGAUGCAUCAGCCUCCCUUUGCUGUCGGGACAGAUUUAAGGAGACCCAGUAUGGUGAAUAAGACCUGUGGUGCUCGAGCUCGCCCUGAUGAUCUUUCUGUGUAGCUAAAAUGUGGAUGCUCAAAUUUAUAAAACAAUGCACAUGUGCUUUUCUCUUACCCAUAUGCAAAUACCACCAAACCACAGUACUUACACAAUUUAAGACUAGCUCAUAUCAAGAAGCAAAGGGUAUCAUGAAAGAAACACAAGGUAUUGGAGCUUUAUUACCACUCUGGUGUAUAUGUGAUACUAUGGAGAUGUGGUGCUAACCAGCAUAGCACAUACAUGAAUAACAGUUGUUAAAUUUUCAUUGGAUGGUUUCACAGUCAGUAGGGUUAAGCAUCUCUGCUUUACUGCCAGUAGAUAUCUCAAUACACUUCCAUGACUGAGGUAGAAAUGUACCACAUUAAAGAACUAUGAGCAGCAAACUCCAGUUUCAUAUGAUUCAACUGUAUUACCAUUCUUAACAUUUAUGCUAAGAUAAGUUGGCCAUGUGUCUAUUUUUGUAGAUAAUAGCUAAGCAUGUGAAAUGGGUUGAUAUUUCAGUCUAACUUCUAUUUAGAAAUUAACUCAACUACUUUACAUCCGGUUGCACCUGAUGACUAGUGAACAACUUUAUUUACCUACAUUUAGCAUUUAUGUUAGACUAAGUUAGCCAUGAAUCUAGUUUUGUAGUUAAUGACAAAACAUGUUAUAUGUGUUGAUCUUUAAACCUAACUCUUAUGUUAGACAUCAACCCAGUUCAUGUUCUUCUCCUGUUAUGAUACACAUUGCUUUAAAAGUUAGCUAUAACCGAGCUAGCUUAUUCACGGCUUUCAGCAUUUAAGAUAAGCCAGCCAAGAGUUAGUUUUAGUUGUCAAUAGCCAAACACCAAUUUUAUUUGUCAAAUAUAAUUUGAUGCAGCUGACAUUACAUUAUAUGCCUCUAAAUAUCGGUAGCAAAUAUCCUAAGAAAACACAAGACUAGCACAAAUUCAAGUACAUUAUGUUCCUAAUGCUGAGAAUAAACUGAGCUAACUAGCAAGCUUUGUAUCUUGGGAGCAGCAAUACUUUUUAAAUGAUAUAAAAGAAGAGGUUUGCACUUUUAUUUCUAUUUUUUUUUUCAUGAUGACAGAGAUUAUCAGUCUUUUUUGUAUUUAUGUUUUGCUAUUAUACAGCUUGUAGUUUCGAUGAAGAGAGGGAUUAUAAUCACACCCUGAGACAAAAUCAUUCAGGCUGUGCCUGUGUAUGGGCAUGUCUGUGGCUGUUCAGGUGCUUUAAUUUUGUUUUUAAUGUCUAUAAAAUAAAAUCUAUGCAGUUACAUCAGGGUUAAACUAUAUAAAGUUUAUAAAUAUGUAAAUAUAAAAUUAAAAAUUGUGCUUUGAUGUAUGGCAACUAUAUUUUGGAAAAGCUUAUCUCUGGUGCAAUUCUGACUUUCACCAAGUAAUGAAAGUAUUUUAGUUAUUUUCUAAAAAGAAAAAAAGCAAUAGCAAAAAAACAAGUGUUAAAGGAGUUGUAAUUAUGUGUGCAAAGUUUAUUUUGCUUAUUUCCUUUGGUGAAAUGUUCCGUUUUAACCUGUAAUAUGAUGUAAAUGAAGAUUUAAACAGCUAUAAAGUUCUGAAAAUAGAAUAGAUGGAGUUUUCUAUGUUGAAUUGUUUAUUUAUGGUAAUAGAAAAAUAAUGAUUUCAGGAACGGACAAUAAAUGAAAAGUGCCUGAUAUUUCCUCUUACCUUUAGCUCUUAAACUGUAGAUGUGCCUUUAAUCAUAUUCAGUUAAAAAGAUUUGGGAAAUGCUUUAGCUCUCUGACUUGUAGGUUCUCUUGCUUGCACUUGUUUUCAAGAAACAUCACUCGUUAACAACCAGAUUAAAACUGACUUGUCUUUUAAAGCAAAGUGCUUUUUGACUGAACAUUUUGUUAGCAAUCACAUUGAUGUAAAUGUUCAUUUACCUCAAAUACUGACAGAGCUUUUUCUGAAUAAAUUUUUUGUACUGUAGCUGUUUGUUUUUUG